AUGUACUCCCCAGCGAUCGGAGACGGGCUCGACACCCUGGACACGCCGUCCAUGGUAGUAGACCUGGACCUGAUGGAGGAAAACAUCCGAAAGCUCAUGAACAAGCUCCUCCCCACCGGCGUCAACAUCCGUCCACACCUCAAGACUACCAAGAGCGCCAUUCUGGCCCACAAGCUGGUCGCCGGGGGCGCCAAGGGCGGGUGCGUCGCCAAGCUGAGCGAGGCCGAGGCCAUGGCGGCAGCAGGUUUCGACGACCUCCUCAUCACCUGCGAAGUUGUGGGCCCGGCCAAGGUAUCCAGGCUGGUCGAACUGUUCCGCUCGCACGGGGGGAUCCGCAUCGUCGUCGACAGCGCCGAGGGUGCGACGGCCAUCCACGAAGCACUGAGAAGAUCGGGCAUCCCGGACCCGAUAGACACGCUCAUCGACCUCGACGUCGGUCUGCACCGCACCGGCGUGGCGCCGGGCCAGCCGGCUCUCGAUCUGGCGCGGCAUGUGGCCGGGCUGGACCGUCUCCGCCUCAUCGGCGUGCAGGGGUACGAGGGUCACCUGCAGCACCUGCACGACCGGGAGGACAGGAAGGCCCGCUGUCUCGAGUCCAUGGCCACGCUGACGGGCACGGCCGAUGCGAUCCGCGGCCUGGGCCUCCCCGGGGUCGACAUCUCGGUCGUCACCACGGGCGGGACGGGAACGGCCGAGUUCUGCGCCACCGUCGAGGGCAUCACGGAGCUGCAGCCCGGGUCGUUCAUCUUCAUGGACACCGACUACCGCAAUGCUGUCGGCACCUUCUACUCCAACAGCCUCACCCUGCUCGCCACCGUCAUCAGCCGCCAAGGUCCCCGGCAGGUCACCAUCGACACCGGGCUCAAGUCGCUCACCACCGACAGCGGGCUGGCCGAGUGUCGUGACGACCGGUACGAGUACGGCUGUCUCGGAGAUGAGCAUGGGUCCCUCGUGUGGAACGACGGCACACCGGACCUUACCAUCGGGGACAGGGUGCAUAUGGUACCUAGCCACAUCGAUCCCACCAUCAACCUCCACGAUGUGUACUAUGCUUACCGGAAGGGAAUCAUUGAGGAGAUCUGGCCCGUCGACACCCGUGGCAAGGUGCAAUAG